GGCGUUCAGCUCUCAGGUGGGCAGAAGCAGCGCAUUGCAAUUGCGAGGGCUAUGAUCAGGAAUCCAACGAUUCUUCUACUUGAUGAAGCAACCAGCGCAUUGGACGCAGAAUCAGAACGUGUGGUGCAGGAAGCGCUCGAACGUGUGAUGGUGGGACGGACAACGAUCAGCAUUGCUCAUCGCUUAUCCACAAUCCAGGGCGUUGAUGUUAUUGCUGUGGUCAAGAAUGGCGUUAUUGCUGAACAAGGACGGCAUGAGGCACUUAUGAGCAUACCAAAUAGUGCUUAUGCUUCACUGGUUAAUCUUCAUAUGUCAUCCUAAUCAAAUCAACUAAUGUUUUGUUCUGGACAGGUUUUAGCUACUCUUUGAACCUAUUCUUUCCUAUCCUGCAGCAUGAUUUC